UUUUUUUUUAAAGGCGAAAAAAUAGAAUAAAAUGAGGCAUCCUCAUCCACCUCUGUCGCUCUGCUUACUGAACUCUCAACCCUACUCCUUAGCUACUCUCUCUCUCUCUCUCUCUCGAAGAGAAAGAACCAAAAUGCGAAUCCUUCUCUUCCUUCUCCUCCACCUGUACAUCCACCUUACUCUCGCCGGUAAACCACCAACCAUCCCGGAGUACCGGGCACUGCUGUCCCUGAAAGCAGCCAUCUCCGACGACCCACAGUCGUCCCUUGCCUCCUGGAAACCAUCCAGCAGCCACUGCACGUGGGCACGCGUCACCUGCGACGCCCGCAGCCGCGUUACGGCCCUCGACCUCUCCGGCCUCAACCUCUCCGGCACUUUGUCCUCCGACGUCGGCCAUCUCCGCAACCUCGUAAACCUCACCGUCGCCGCCAACGAGCUCUCUGGCCCCGUUCCACCGGAGCUCUCUCUCAUCUUCGGCCUCCGCUACCUCAACCUCUCCAACAACAUCUUCAAUGGCUCCUUCCCUUCUCAGCUCGCGCUCCUCAAGAACCUCGAAGUCCUCGAUUUCUACAACAACAACAUGACCGGAGACUUGCCGGCCGUCAUCGCUGAAAUGCCGUACCUCCGCCACCUCCACCUUGGCGGCAACUUCUUCGGCGGCCGAAUUCCGCCGGAGUUCGGCAAGUUGGCGUUCCUCGAGUACUUGGCCGUUUCCGGCAAUGAGCUCGUGGGUCCCAUCCCAAUGGAGAUCGGGAACUUAACGAAGCUCAGAGAGCUCUAUCUUGGUUACUUCAACACCUACGACGGAGGCAUUCCGCCGGAGAUCGGGAAUCUGACGGAGUUAGUUCGCAUAGAUAUGGCGAACUGUGGAUUAUCCGGCGAGAUUCCGCCGGAGGUCGGUAAGCUUCAGAAUCUGGACACUCUGUUUCUUCAGGUGAACGGACUUUCCGGACCUCUAACGCCUGAGCUUGGGAACUUGAAGAGUUUGAAAUCCAUGGAUCUGUCGAAUAACAUGUUCUUCGGUGAGGUUCCUGAGGCUUUUGCGCAGCUAAAGAACCUAACGCUGUUGAAUCUGUUUCGAAACAAGCUCCACGGAGAGAUUCCGGAGUUUAUUGGGGACUUGCCGGGGCUGGAGGUUCUGCAGCUAUGGGAAAAUAACUUCACUGGGAGUAUCCCUCAGGGACUAGGCAGGAACGGGAAACUUCAGUUUCUUGAUGUGUCAUCGAACAAGUUAACUGGUAAUCUUCCACCUGAUAUGUGUUCAGGGAAUCAUCUUCAGACGUUGAUCACACUUGGGAAUUUCUUGUUUGGUCCGAUACCGGAGUCGCUGGGGAGAUGUGAAUCGUUGAGUCGGAUUCGAAUGGGAGAGAACUUCCUCAAUGGCUCCAUCCCCAAGGGUCUCUUUGGACUGCCAAAGCUUUCUCAGGUCGAGUUGCAAGAUAACUAUCUCGUCGGAGAGUUUCCUGUGACGGAUUCAAUCGCUGUAAAUCUGGGACAGAUCAGUCUUUCAAACAAUCAGCUCACUGGAUCCCUGCCCCCGAGUAUCGGCAACUUCUCCGGCGUCCAGAAGCUUCUUCUGGAUGGAAACAAGUUCUCCGGGUUAAUCCCGCCUGAGAUCGGCCGCUUGCAGCAGCUUUCGAAGAUGGAUUUUAGCAACAAUAAAUUUUCGGGUCCGAUUGCGCCGGAGAUUAGCCGAUGUAAACUAUUGACAUUCAUUGAUCUGAGCCGGAACGAUCUGUCCGGCGAGAUUCCCACUGAAAUCACAGGUAUGCGGAUACUGAACUACCUCAAUUUAUCAAGGAACCACCUCGUCGGAAGCAUUCCGGGAGCCAUUGCCACUAUGCAGAGCCUGACCUCCGUCGAUUUUUCAUACAACAAUCUCUCUGGUUUAGUUCCUGGUUCUGGUCAGUUCAGCUACUUCAAUUAUACCUCAUUCCUGGGCAACCCUGAGCUUUGUGGCCCCUAUCUUGGUCCUUGCAAAGAUGGGGUUGCCAAUGGCACCCAUCAGCCACACGUAAAGGGUCCUCUCUCCGCUUCUCUGAAGCUCCUGCUUGUUAUUGGACUGCUUGUGUGCUCAAUUGCUUUCGCAGUCGCAGCAAUCAUCAAGGCGAGGUCUCUGAAGAAAGCAAGCGAGUCGCGCUCGUGGAAGCUCACAGCCUUCCAACGCCUGGACUUCACUUGCGAUGACGUUUUGGAUUGUCUGAAAGAGGAUAACAUCAUAGGAAAAGGAGGUGCGGGUAUCGUGUACAAGGGGGUUAUGCCUAACGGCGACCAAGUCGCCGUGAAACGGUUGCCGGCGAUGAGCCGCGGUUCUUCCCACGACCACGGGUUCAAUGCAGAGAUUCAGACUUUGGGCAGGAUCCGUCACCGCCAUAUUGUGAGAUUACUGGGUUUCUGCUCAAAUCAUGAGACAAAUCUUCUGGUUUACGAGUACAUGCCCAACGGGAGCUUGGGCGAGGUUCUCCACGGAAAGAAGGGGGGCCAUUUGCAUUGGGACACAAGGUAUAAGAUAGCCCUGGAGGCCGCGAAGGGGCUCUGCUAUCUCCAUCACGAUUGCUCCCCAUUAAUCGUUCACCGCGAUGUGAAAUCAAACAACAUCCUGCUCGAUUCCAACUUUGAAGCUCAUGUCGCCGAUUUCGGCCUCGCCAAAUUCCUUCAGGAUUCCGGCACCUCCGAGUGCAUGUCUGCAAUUGCUGGCUCUUACGGAUAUAUAGCACCAGAGUAUGCAUACACACUGAAGGUGGACGAGAAGAGCGAUGUGUACAGCUUCGGAGUGGUUCUCUUAGAACUAGUAAGCGGGAGAAAACCCGUGGGUGAAUUCGGGGACGGUGUGGACAUAGUUCAGUGGGUGAGAAAGAUGACGGAUUCAAACAAGGAAGGAGUCCUGAAAAUCCUAGACCCCAGACUCUCCACAGUUCCUCUCCAUGAGGUGAUGCAUGUCUUCUAUGUCGCAAUGCUUUGUGUGGAAGAACAGGCUGUCGAGCGCCCCACAAUGCGAGAAGUUGUCCAGAUACUAACAGAGCUCCCCAAGCCACACAACCCAAAACAGGCAGCCGGAGACUCCACCACAGAGUCUUCUCCCCUGGCGGCCGCCACUGCCGCAGCAUUCGAUUCCCCGGCCGGUGCUGGAAAAGAAACAAAGGAGCAGCAACAACGCCCACCUCAAUCACCCCCACCAGAUCUUCUCAGCAUUUGAGAUCAACAAUGUUUUAGUUGGGAUGGGAGUGUUUUUAAUGGAGUUGCAUGAAUUGGGUCAGCUUUGGUUUCAUGUGUUUUUACUUGAACCAUGUUUUAUUUUGGAGGGAAGGGGGGAGGGUGGGGGGGGGGGGGGUGGUCUUUGUCUAACUUUAAGCUGUAAUGUUCCAGCAAGCUUUCUCUGUUUAUUUUUGGGAUGUACAGUAGGAUUGGUGGGGUUCUUUUUUCUGUUUAAGAAACUUUAUUUUUCAUCAUUGUGCUGGCUUCUGUAGCUUCUGCUAUUUGUUAAUGGCACUCUGCUCUGACUGUCCACUGCUCUA